AGAGAGAGAGAGAGAGAGAGAGAGAGAGAGAGAGAGAGAGAGAGAGAGCGCAUCAUCACAACAGUGGCACACAGCCUCCCCCUGGCCGGAUACCGAGAGAGGACAACAGGGGAAUUUAGAGGUUAAAUUAAAAAACAACAACAACUAGAGAGGAGACACGAGCAUCCAUCCAUCCACCCAGCACCUCCACCAGCGCCACCAGCACCUCCACCACCUCCUCUUCCUCCUCCACCACCACCACCACCAGCAGCAGCAGCAGCAGCAGCAGCAGUGAUAGUAGUAGCAGGAGCAGACUCGGGGAUUUUUUUUCCUCCCUCCGCCUCGGUCGCCCCGGUGCUCCACACACACACACACACACACACACACACACACACACACACACACACACACACACACACACACACACCCUGUGCCUUUGAACCAGCAGCGGAGGAGGAGGAGGGGAGGACCAGAGAAGGAGGCUGUGCAGCGAGGAAGGAGGAGGAGGAGGACCAUGGAGGGGAUGCAGGCAUACGGAGCCGGGAAAGCCGGAGGAGCCUUCGACCCCGUCACCUUCUUCCAGCAGCCUCAGACCAUUCUCCGCAUAGUGUCUUGGCUCUUCUCCAUCGUGAUCUUCGGCUGCAUCGCCAACGAGGGCUACAUCAACCGCCCCAACGAGGUGGAGGAGUACUGCAUCUUCAACCGCAACCAGAACGCCUGCAACUAUGGCGUCUUCAUGGGCUCCAUGGCCUUCCUCUGCUGCAUGGCCUUCCUGGCUCUGGACGUGUACUUCCCCCAGAUCAGCAGCGUCAAAGACCGCAAGAAGGCGGUGCUGGCUGAUGUCGGAUUGUCAGCGUUCUGGUCCUUCAUGUGGUUUGUGGGUUUCUGUUUCUUGGCGAACCAGUGGCAGGUGACCAAGCAUGAGGACAACCCGCUGAGGGAGGGAGGGGACGCUGCCCGGGCAGCCAUCACAUUCUCCUUCUUCUCCAUCUUCACCUGGGGCGCUCAGACUCUCUUCUCUAUGGAGAAGUUAAAGAGCGUGUCGUUCGAAGAGGAAUACACCAAGCUGUUCCCCCCGCAGCCCAAUCAACCUUUUGUCUGACUCCACUCUGUCUUCUCCUCCUGCUGCCGUGACCCUCCACAGCUGGUCACACACACACACACACACACACUCUCCUGCUACUUGACUGUGGCUGCACUUGUUUAAAUGGGCCGGUUACAUCGAAUGGUGCUGGAAGCGACUGUAUUUGUAAUCCGAGUGUGAGGAGAACAAUUGUUACCAGUGAGAUGUUGCUGAAUAUUAAAUUACUAAUCUCCUGCCCUCAAACGCGUUUAUGAUGAUAUAUGUGCAGGUGGGUUGAUUUGAUUGUGGAUCAGUGUGUAUGACUCAACAAUUACAUUGCCAAUAUGCUGAGAUUUCUGGCCUUUAACACCUACUUGAAUCCCUGUCAUCUGUUUUGGAAAAUAAAAGCCUCCUGCCCACGUGGAUAUUAAAAAUUCUCUGGGCCAAAAACUGGUAUUACAUGUUCACGUGCAUGUCUUUGAUAGAAAAAACAAGCCAAAAGCAUGCAAAUGCCCUCCUACCUUUUAAAAUGUUGGUGUCAUUAAAUUGAUAUUAAUCCACAGAAACCUCAGUUAGUUUAACAAUAUUCAAAGCAGGUGCAGCUCAGCUGGUUGUUGUUGGGGUAGCUGGUGUUUGACGGGUGGAGCUUCACCAUAAGCCUUUAAACAAGUGCAGUCCUGAUUUCCACAGCAGGCCAUCACUUAUUCUCAUCAUCAUGAAGGUGUACAGAGUGAUUAGUGCUUUACAUCUUCACCAUAGGGGUUGGAAUUAUUAAGCUGAUGGUUUUAUAUGAAAGGAUUUGGUUCAUAAUGUGAUUUAUCUGGUCUUUGUAAUGAGUUUUUAUACAUUUAUCGAAGUGCAUCUCUUUAAGCUGUAAAAGUGUUUUAUUUCUCCUUGUUUUUGAUGAAGCUACAUUCAAAGACACUCCCUACCUUUAAAGGGAUAGUUCAGCAUUUUGAGAACACAUUUAUUAGAUGAGACGGUUGAAACAUCUCACAAACGUGAAACUUGAGCCAGCGGCUGGUUCUGUUAGCUUAGCAUGAAGGCUGAAAAACAGGUCGAAACAGGAAGCAUGAUUCUGUUUGACAGCAACAGAAUCCACCCAAGCUCACUUGUUAAGAUGUUAUAGCUCAUGUGUUUGAUUUGUGAAAAGGCCCUGUGUGAAAGCAACAUGCCGCACUGUGCCAGAUCAUUUCCUGGCUUCGAGCAGCGACAUCCUGUAGCGACAGGACUUCAGGGUCAAAUGGGGCGGAGGGAUAUAACACUUUGAUUAAUGUGCUUUAAAAAAGGUACUGCUAGGCGGAAUUUCUGGGCCUUUGGACAGAGUCGACUUGCUGGUUCCAGUGUUUUCAUUUUCUUUAUGCUAAGCUAAGCUCGCCAGCUCCUGGCUCCAGAUCUGUACAAGGUGCUGCAGGAGUCCCCAAACCCCUGAAACGAGUCAGCACAAAGUCAAAUGGGUGUUUUGGUCAGAUGCCUGAAUUCAGUCUGUGCUGAACCCAACUGUAAAAGACUUUCAUGUGUUGUUCUGCAACAUUAAAACACACCAACAAUGAUGCUGCGUUCACAUGCCCCUCCGAUGAUCCCAUUUCCUGGGUCGGGAAGUCGUUAUGUUGGGACUCUGGGUGCAACACAGACGCCAAUCAGAAGUGUACAGCUGUUUCCAGUAUUUGAGUGACAAGGAAGCACAGAGUCAACGAUACAGUGACUUUAUAAUACAUUCGUCCGCCAUGUUUCAUAUGACAUCAGCGAGUUUCCGAGUUGCUGCUCGUACGUCAGAGAGCAAUCGAAUAAUUGAUAAUACGAAGUCUUAAAGAGGCGGCUGCGAGGACAUUACACAUCAUCGCGCUGAACACUUACAACUUUCCAACUUGUAGACUUAUCAAUUAAUUGUAAUGUGUGUGGCACAGUGCAGUUGGAGGCUGAGUGGUGGUGAUGCUGAAGUCAUUCGGCCGUGAUGUUGUUUAUCUGUAGCAUAGCGUUAGCUUCUUUUACUUCUGAUGAACGCAUCUGUGCUUCAAAAAUCAUAAAAGUGGCAUUUAUUUGAAGGUUUUAUCCUGCUGAACAAAAUGCCUGAGCAUCAGAAACUUUCAUCCACCAUGCAGUUUAUUUUUUGCAGUAAUUCAAAUCGGAGAAAAAAAAUAGAUAAAAUUCAGCUGCAUUUUGUCUGGGGAACAGGGUGUGACGCUCACUAUCGGCUUGGCCCACAAAAAUCUGCAUCCCCGCUGCACUCCAUUGACAGGCAUUAAAGUGGCAUCAAUCGUCUCAUCUAACGCUCUGCCAGAAAAAGUGAAGACGUGUUCCCAAAAUGUCAAACUCAUCCUUUGAUUUCUCCAGUUUUGUGUUUUCAAAGUUUUUCCACUGUAACUCUCGACGCACGUCCGGUGCCUUUUCCCUCUUCAUGACUAUAUUAUCGAGUUCAGUAGGUAGAUUAGUUGUUUUUAUAGCGUUUUGAGAUUGACUCCACAGUUUAAGCAGCUUUAAGACGGUUUAAUUGAAGCAUCAAACUGUUUUACUGCAUAUUCAUGGGAGUUUUUACAGCCUGUAACUGUGCAUGUUAUUGGGUCAUAAAUUACUUUUAUUGUGUUAACGCUAAAUUAGAAAUGUUCCAUUUGAGCGCAAAGUCAGAAAUAUUCAGGGUUCAGUCCGUAAAUUGUGUUAUUUUUAUCAAACAGGGAGCACGGUAACAUUUCUGAGAAUGUAUUGCCUUGUUUUCAACCUGCCCAAUAAAAUAUCUGAUGGAGACAGA